CUCCAUCUCAAAAAAAGAAAAAGAGAGAGAGAGACUAUAAACUCACACCAAUCAUUACCUCGUAAGUGCAGUUAGCUCAGGAAGUACAAUAUUUCCAAAAAGGUGACCACGGGGAGAAAAACAUGAAGAUAACGACCAGCUCAGACCCACGCCCACCUGCUUCUGUGUGUCCUGGGCCUCAGGCAAGCCGCCCUCCUCUCCCCACGGUUUCCAGUCUGUGAGCUGGGCUUAGUGAUGCCACCUUCUCAGUUGUGGGUCCCUAGAAGGCAGCAGUGGGCCUCUAUCCCUAGGUUGCAGCCCAGCGCUGGCACAGAGUUGAUCCGCCUCCAGCUGCCACACACACGACCUUACCAGGUAGCCCCAGGAGACAGGACAGGGUGAUGGGCCCAUUUCACAGGGGGAAAAACCAAGGCAAAGAAAGGCAGUGGAGAGUCAUGCUUCUGCUUCAGUAGCUCCUGCCAUGGACUUGACACGGGAACCCCCUCCCACAAGCUCUGCCCCCGGCACCCUCUGGCACUGUUAGCCAGUGGAAUCCAGCCCUCCCCAUGGCCUGGUUCUCAGCACCCCUGGGAACUUCUAGAGCCUCUGGCCUGUGCUGAGGUGGGGCAGCUGCUGGCCAGGGCCCUGGAGAGAGUGGUAUCAGUUAGCUAGUGCUGAGUAACAAAUAGCUCCAAACACAUGACUUCAUAUGUCCUUAGUGUUAAAGAAGGACCAGGCGGCACUGCUGCCCAUUGCUGGGCCUGGCAAGUCCUGGCUGGGCUCACUCACACAUCUGUGGGCAGCUGGGAGCUAGCUAGUCCCGGAUGGCCUCAGCUAGGGUGACCCAGGCUCCAUCACCCUCUUGCCUUCCUGCAAACCAGCCCAGCUCGUUCUUGUGCGAUAGCAGGAGUCGGAGAGAGCAGGCAGAGGCACCCAGGUCCCUGGAGGUUUAAGCUCAGAGCUGGGAAUGUCAUUGCUGUCGCCUUUUAUUGGCCACAGCAAGUCAUAAGACGGGCUCAGAUUGAAGGACGGGGAAGUAGACGCCACCUCUAGAUAGGAGUUGGGGCAAAGUCACACGGCAAAGGGUAUGGUGAUUCAGGAAGGAGUGGGGCAUUGGGGUCAUGUUUGUAAUUGAUCUACCACAGAGGGGAGCCCUGCUUUGAGAAGGUGCUUGGUGGGCCUUGGGGCUUAGGGAGCCACGGGCCAACCUGCCAGAUGGGGCCUUCAGUGGGGUGGCGGGGACGUCAGUUUAACCUCAGGAUUCGACUCUGAGCCUCUUGCGAGCCCAUGUCUUGGGCGGCAUCGCAGCCCCAGCUGCGAGCACAGAGUGGCUCUUCCAGAAAGUUUGUUGAAUGACUGAGUGAUCUAAGUCAGUUCCUGUGCCAGGCAGCCCGGAGGGACCAUCCCAGAGCCUCCUUCUCAGGGUGCAAGCCUGGCUUGGGGUUGGGGGGUGUCUGCACUUGUGGAGUCCCCCAUGCCUGCCGGGAGCCUGAAGACGCAGAGACCUCCUGCCUCGCCUCGCCCCCUCCGUGGGGACCCUCUUCCCCACACUCCUUGGUUCCUGUCAGAGCCAAGAUGUGUCGUCAUGGAAACCACUUGGCAAACGCUGGCAGGGAGAGGCGGCCAACAGCAGCUCUCCUGAUCGAGCUCCGGGCGCCGGCUGGAACCACGUCGCGGGACGGCGUGAGCAAGCAUGCCCAGCCGUGUGUGACACGCGUGGGGACAGAGGCCGGGGCGGCUGCAGGAGGGCGCGCGGGGAGGUCGGGGCGCCCCAGCGUGCGUGCCCCCACGUGUGCGCCUGUGCGUGUGGGUGUGUGCGCCUGUGCGUGUACCAACAGUGCAGCCGCAUCAGAGUGUGUGUGCUCCGAGUGUGACGGCCGCGUGGGCCGGUGCAGGGUGUGUGUGGGGAUGGGGGUGUCUGAUGGGUGCUGUGACCUGCGGCAGCACAGCCGCCCGGGUUGAGCACCCACGGAGGCCUGGACAUCGCACUAGGUGCUGACAGGACCGGCAGAGGUGGCCGCUGCCCUCGUUCCCAGCCUGUACUCCUGGGCGAAGGCUGCUGCUGAACAGGGUGCUGUGGGCCCAGAAGCGCCCAUGCCAGAGGGCGUCCAGAACCAGGCGAAUCUGGGCCUUGCGGACCCUUGGACCAGCGUCUGUCUGCGGGGAGCCCCCAGUAGCCGCUCAGAUCAGCCCGAGGGAAGAUUCUGGACGAGACCGUGGCUGUCCCCGGGGUGGCCCAUGGACAGCAGCAGGGGUUCCCAGGAGUGGCCAGGCCGUGCCCGCCCACCAUGCUGCAGUGUAGACACGCACAGGAGUUCAGCUUCGGGCCCCGGGCCCUGAAGGAUGCCCUGGUCUCCACUGACGCGGCCCUGCAGCAGUUAUACGUCUCCGCCUUCUCCCCUGCCGAGCGGCUCUUCCUGGCCGAGGCCUACAACCCGCAGAGGACGCUCUUCUGCACCCUGCUCAUCCACACGGCCUUCGACUGGCUCCUGAGCCGCCCCGAGGCGCCUGAGGACUUCCAGACCUUCCACGCCUCCCUGCGGCACCGGAAGCCCCGGCUGGCUCGGAAGCACAUCUACCUACAGCCGAUAGAUCUGAGCGAGGAGCCAGUGGGAAGCUCCCUGCUGCGCCAGCUGUGCAGCUGCACCGAGGCCUUCUUCCUGGGCCUGCGUGUCAAGUGCCUGCCCUCGGUGGCGGCCGCGUCCAUCCGCUGCUCCUCGCGCCCCAGCCGGGACUCUGACAGGCUCCAGCUCCACACAGACGGCAUCCUGUCCUUCUUGAAGAACAACAAGCCAGGGGACGCGCUGUGUGUGCUGGGCCUCACGCUGUCCGACCUGUACCCCCACGAGGCCUGGAGCUUCACCUUCAGCAAGUUCCUUCCAGGGCACGAAGUGGGCGUCUGCAGCUUCGCCCGGUUCUCGGGGGAAUUCCCGAGGUCGGGGCCCAGCGCCCCUGAUCCAGCCUUGGUGGAGGCAGCAGCGGAUGGCCCUGAGGCCCCCCCGCAGGACAGAGGCUGGGCCCUGAGCUUCAGUGCCCUGGGGAUGGUUCAGUGCUGCAAGGUCACGUGCCACGAGCUCUGCCACCUUCUGGGCCUGGGGAACUGCCGCUGGCUCCGCUGCCUCAUGCAGGGUGCGCUCAGCCUGGAUGAGGCCCUGCGGCGGCCCCUGGACCUCUGUCCCAUCUGUCUGCGAAAGCUGCAGCACAUCCUGGGCUUCAGGCUCAUCGAGAGGUACCAGAGACUCUACACCUGGACUCAGGCGGUGGCGGGGACGUGGCCCAGCCAGGAGGCGGGGGAGCCGUCGGUGUGGGAAGACACCCCGCCCGCCAGCGCUGACUCGGGCAUGUGCUGCGAGAGUGACUCGGAGCCCGGCACCAGCGUGUCCGAGCCCCUCACCCCUGAAGCCUGCAGUCACACCUUCUCCUCCUCGGGGCCAGAGGUGGAGCCAGAGGAAGGGCUGAGCUCCCUGGUGGCCUCAGAGGCUCCGCCGGCACUUGGGGGCCCUGUGGAGGCUAUCAAGGAGCAUGAACGGUGGCUGGCCAUGUGCAUCCAGGCCCUGCAGCGGGAAGUGGCGGAGGAGGAGCUGGCACAGGUGGACAGAGCCGUGGAUGCCCUCGACCGCUGGGAGAUGUUCACGGGCCAGCUCCCGGCCAUCAGGCAGGACCCACCCAGCAGCAAUGACAGUGUGGGGCUGCGCAAGGUCCUGGGGGACAAGUUCUUCUCCCUGAGGAGGAAGCUGAGUGCCCGAAAACUCUCCAGAGCAGAGUCGGCCCCCUGCCCCUGGGAUGGGGAAGAGAGUUAGCACAGCAGGGGCUGCCCUGUGUCUCCUUCCCUAGGAUGCUGGCUGGCCAGCGCUGUCCAGUAGCUGAGGCCACUACUGACCUGCCAGGGAUUAAGAGGAAGGGCCUGGCUGGGUGGUGGCUCAGGCCUGUCAUCCCAUCCCUUUGGGAGGCCAAGGCGGGGGGAUCGCCUGAGGCCAGGAGUUUGAGACCAGAUUGGGUAACAUGGUGAGGCUCUGCCUCUACAAAAGAAAAAUUUAAAAAUGAGCUGGAUGCAGUGGUUCAUGCCUGUGGUCCCAGAUAUUCAGGAGGCUGAGGUGGGAGGACUGCUUGAGCCUAGGAGACUGAGGCUGCAGUGAGACGUGAUCAUGCCCCUGUACUGCAGUCUGGGCACCACAGCAAGACUGUCUCAGGAAUAAAAAGGAAAGGUUCUUUGGAAAAGCCACGGACCACUUGUCUUCAGGCGCCUCCUUCAACUCCUGUGUCCCAGCCAGCUGCUCCCAGGGGCCUGCACACAUGGGGAGGUCUCUCUGCUCCUGGACACUUCUCAUGGAGUACAACCCGGACUGUGCUGGGGCUGGGACAGAGCCCCCUCGCCCACAGAGGCAGAAGGAAGCAGCGCGCGUCCUGUCUCCUUCCAGGCUGCAGGCCUGCCCUUUAGUUAUUUAUAGCCAGAGCUGGAGAGGCCAGCUCAGAUGAGGAGUGACCCUGGGGGCACACGGAUUCCACGCUGCAACCCAGCUUCCAAGGCUGAGUCUCCUCCACAAAGGGGAAGCGACGGGGUUUUGCCUCUAUCUCAAGCGUCAACCCCAUGCACACACAAAGUGCCCAGUUCUGUGGCGCUAGUAGCAUUCUGAUCCUGACGGGCUUCACCGGGGCUCUCCAUGCAAGUUCUGGGGUUUGCCAUCUCUUCUGACAGAGGCUGCAGGAGUUGAGGGUGUCUGACAUGCACUGAGGGCAGAGGCCCCCUUAUUCCUGAGGCAGCUGCUGCUCACUGUGGGGAAAAUAAACUGCGGUGAUGUUUUUGGGACAGUUUCUUGGCAAAGGCGGCUGCACUGUCAGUACCACCAAGUAGGUGGAGGUGGUGAUCAGAUGAUCUUUUAUUUUUUUUUGGUCUAAUUCGAUCAGUUGCUGAGAGAGGGGUGUUAUUGCCAUGGCUGGGCAUUUUAUCUGUCUCCCUUCAAUUUUGCCGAAUUUUGCUUCCUGCAUCUUGAAGCUCCUUUAUGUCCAUGCACAUUUGAUUGUUGUGUCUUCCUGAUGAAUUGACCCUUUUAUUGUCAAACGUCCCCCUCAGCCUGCAGUGGAGAGUCCCAGGGACAGAGACUUCCGGUUCUGACAGCGGAAUCCCUUCGGAGCGACGAGGGCGGGGUCACUGCUCACGCUCUCUCAUCUGGAAAGAGGCAAGAACAGGGCAGCUUGGACCUUUUGUGGGUGGGUGGCUCAUACGGUUAUGGAGGGCUUCUAAGAAAAACAAUCCAAAAUAUAAAACUAAAACUGGAAGGGCUAUGCAGGGGAGGGGACUGAGGCUUCCUUGUGAAUCUGACAUUGGUGGAGGCUGACUGCAGGCUCCCGGUCCCAGUCCCAGAAAAUGCAAAACGACUAGUACGUAUUGACUUCAGAGAAGCAAAGAUGCAGCUCAAAAGCAGCAUUAGGAUCUUCAUCCGUCCCAUUCUCUUUUGCGUAGCUUCAAAGAGGCAUGACGCUGACCUGGGAGGGGAGAUGAAGAGCCAGGCCUUUCAGAAAGUGGCCAGUGGAAGGUGCCGUCUGAGCGCACUGCAGUAACGGAAGGUGAAAGCUGGAGCCUGGUGGCUGUUGCUGCAAACAAACCACCCAAGACUUAGUGGCUUAAAUCACAACAGUCUAGCUCAUGAAUCUGUAACUUGGGCAGAGCUCGAUGGAGACAGUUUGCCUCUGUGGUUCAGCUGGAGGGUUUGUUCACGUGGCUGCCAAGAGGAAGCUGGCUGGGGAUGUCAGGCCUUGGUUCCUGCUCACGUGAGACUCUCCAUGGAGGAGAGGCAUCUUCUUAGGAAGGCAGCUGCCAUAUUGUGAGGAAGCCGGACAAGCAGGGCAGACAGCCAGAGCCAGACAGCAGGCUCCUGGUCCCAGUCUCAGAAAAUGCAAAGGGACAAGUAGGUGUUGACUUCAGAGAAGCAAAGAUGCAGCUCAGAAGUAGCAUUAGGACCUUCAUCCAUACCCCUCUCUUUUGCAUAGCUUCUAAGGGGCAUGACAGUGACCUGGGAGGUAACUGUGACACAACGAAGAGGGGAGACGAAGAGCCAGGCCUUUCAGAAAGUGACCUGGGCUUCCUCACAAUAUGGCGGUUGCCCUCCUAAGGUAGACAUUCUGAGGGACGGAUGGAAGCUCUGUGGUGUUUCAUAACUCGGCCUCACGUCACAGAGUGUCACCUUUCCUGCACUCUACUGAGGCAGUGACAAGGAACCCACCCCAGGUUCACGGGGAGGGGCCGUGGCAGGGAAUGUGAGGCAACAGAAUAUCGCUGUGGCCAUUCAUGAAUAGUCAGCCCCACUCGGCGUUUGCUGUGGGGAUUUGGCUGGUGCACCUGCUAGACGACCUGACCUGUUUUCUGAUUUCCUUCAUCUUCUACAAAAGGUUAACUGCUGGAGUGAUGUGAGAUUAAACAGAGGUGAUAAAAAUAGAACAGCCUGGCUCAGGCUGAGGGUGGGAGUGCGUUGAGGUUAUGGCCAAAGCCUCCGUACUGUCUCUCUGUACCCAUGUCCUUUGACCCUCAACUGUGAUGCAUGUCCCAAAAAAGCAUUUUGAAGGCAGGAGCAAACCACUAAAAAAACCCCUUUUAUCCACAGCCUUUACCUAGUUGCAGAUGUGAGUGACAUUUUUUAAGACAGCUGUUGGGAGGACGGUUUUGAAAUGCAACUUUGAGGAAGAGAAAUCGGUUUCCCUCCUCUCCCCUGUGCUAGCCCCAGGUUCUGUCUGUGCUGCGGUGAAGGGUGACUUGGGACAGUCAGCAAGGAAAGAUGCUAAGGCAGCGGAGAGAUAAUGACGGCUGCCUUCUUGAGUAAGGUCACAGCUCACGAAUCUUUCUAAACUCCUUAAGUGCUGCAAAAGUUGAACUGAGAUUAAAUUUAGAGAUGAUGGUUUCCAAGAAACACAGGGCCAUGGUUCUUUCAGUUUUAAAAAAUGUGCAGAGUCCACUUAAUUGCUUUCUCGUCUCCUUAUCUGUCAGAAGCCCCUGAAUUCACAAGGAUGGGUCUUCCAGCUUGACGAUGACCUCUCUUCUGAGAGCCUCACCCAUCUUGGCAGGUCAAGUCAGCGGGGCCUCAUGGAGCUAAAAAUAUUUUCAGGUCACGACAGACGUUAUCUGUAUUGCUGUGUGUGUGCGACGAGGCUGGGGAAGCUAACACUUGCCUUCUGAAGUAGCUAGAAUACAUACUCCCACAUCACAGCCAUGCUUUGAUGAAGGGGUGAGAAGCAGUGUCCCCUCUCAGAGGCAAAUCUCUCUUCAGGCAGCCCAGCAGUCCUUUCCGAAAUCUCAUUAUUUUCUGUCUCCUCCUCCCCAAAGCCCAAACUCAUUGUCAGACGGAGAGGGGGGAGAAGCAGCAUCCCGACUCCAGUCCAUGGUGUGAACCCUGAGGGCACAGGACAGUGAGUGGAGCUCUGCCCCCACCCCCGUUUCCAGAGCAUGGGUGAGGGGGGAGGGAUGCCGACCUGUUAAUAUUGUCCCAUGGGACAUCUGCUUCAGACCUUUCCCUGAUGAAAUCUCCAAAAGCCUUAAACAUGAAAUGGCUUAGUCAAGCACGAGUGAUAAAGCUGGGUGUCCAAAUUUAGAUCCUACCAAGUUCAAAGGGGAGGCUAGAACAUUCCAGGAACCCACCCACACAUAGAGGGUCUCCAUGUGGUGCCAAGGGAGCUGUUCUGCAGACCCCAUGGGCAGGGUCAGCUAGGUCUUGGAAGGGAGGGACCGGCUGCCCUGCCCAAGUCCACCUGGACAGGCAAACCUUCCCUGGUGGCUCAACUCCGCCUCUGAAGGGGUCUCUCCUACGUAACAGAAUUUUUCUCAUCAUCAUCCUCGAGUCUCGAAAUGACCUGUAAGGCAGAUGGUUGCGUCCCCACUGCAUGGCUGGGGCCACCAAGAUGGGACUGGGAAGGGCUGGAGCCUCAGAAGCAGAAGAGUUGAUGUUCAGACGCGGUCUAUUCUUGCUUGAACCCUCAGUUCUUCUGUUGUGCGGCUUUCUUAGGAAAGCAACCUUGGAGGUCUGAGCAGGAAGAGUAAGAAGGCGCACGGACUUGGGAGGCCUGCACCCUGAUUCCCGAGCAGCCCCCACACCAGCACCCAUGCCCCUCGGUUCUGAUUACCAGGAGGCUUUCUGGCCCUGGCAGCUCCUUCCCACUCUGGGGAGCGGCCUGGGUGGGUGGCCGGCACUCUUAGGUGAGGUGCCAAUGAAAACACCCCCGGGGUUGCUAGGGCUUCACUGAUUUGUUUAUUAAAGGAGGGGGAGGCCCAGACAGGAAUAUUUUUAGCCUCGUGAAGACGUAGAGAAUCAGGGCUUCGCGAUGGGGCUCUCAGACCUGACCUGGGCCUGCCUGUGUGUGCUGGGAGCAAAUGAGGGCCCGUCCUCUAGGCCGGCUUUGCAGCUCCAGAAAGGGCGACAGACUCGUGGGGACCUGGCUGCCGUCCUGGGAGAGGCCCCAGGGAGCGGUUCUCUGGAGCUCACCCCGCACGCAGGCUGCACCGGAGCUGAAAUCUAGCCGUGAUCCCUGUGGGGACAACGGCACACAGAGGUGCCCAGUUUCAAGGAAACCCAAGGAAACAGCAAAUUGAUGGCUCUUGGAACACCAGGCCGUCGAAGAUAAACACCGCAGGGUAAUCUAGGAAACGCUUCCUAAGAGCCGCCGCCUGCGAACGCUGUUCAAAACAGAUGCAAAUCACCGGUGGAGAAGGCCGCCGGAGCCUUCCCUUUUCUGACAUCGUACAACGGCACCUUGAUGAAUGAGAACCCGGAAGAACGGAGGUUUAUUUUUGAACUCGUCUUCUUGGGUAGGGAGGCAAAUGAAAACAGGCUGAUGGCGGGGGUUUAUUUUAAAAAGCAAUUUCCAAGAAGCAUCCUGAGGUCACCGCGCGUUCAGUCUAACUCUCUCCCCGCUGCAGUGUUCCCGCGACGGUGAGGCAAUCCAAAUUUUCACUGGAGCCGAGCAAACAUGGCGGCCCCCGCCGUCCCCGGCUGCACAGGAACAGCCCUCACAGAGGGUCCACGGCAGCCAGGUCCGACUGACCUCCCGCCCUUUCUCGGAGGCGCCCGAGCUCUCGCGAGAUUAACCAGAGACGACAUCCGCCAGAUUCCACCACUGAGGCUCCCCAGGCUUUGCACGCACUUCCGUUACAUGGAAACCGAGCCAGUCCCGGAGUAACCUGGCUCCAACGUGGUGCUCUUCUGCUGCCGAGAGCUCUGGCUCUGCUGACUAUGGGCCCAGUGUGCAUCUUCUCUCUCAGGCAGGGUGCUCUGCCCGCCACAGUGUGCCUGGUUUUCUGGAUCCAGUAUGACUGAAACGUCAUUUCUCAGUAAAGGCCAACACGUGUGUGUCCCCGGCUAGUCUAAGACCAUCUUCGGUUCAAGGGCCCUCACCGAGCUUUGUGAGUCUAUUUCACGGGCCUCCUUUGGUGGUCUGUGACCGGCGGGAAUGAAUGGGGACGCGUUUUUCAGCCCUGACUCUUGCACGCUGGUGGCACCUGCGGGCGCCCAUUUGCCUGGCACGUGGACAAAGGUGAUGAGCGCGGCUGACGGCUCCUGGGGGCAGCGUGGGAACCAGUCUGAAGCCGACGUCCCGCCCCCUGCGGUCAGACUUUCAGCAGCCGAAGGCAGUGAACUUUUCACCGUUUCUUCCAACGCUUUCUCGCGUAGGAGCUCCACUGCCCCUUCUAACAGGAUGGGGUUUGUGCAGCCGAGCUUGGUCUUGUGGUCAGGGAGAAACGGGCAGGCCAGGGCCGAGCUGCGUCCGGCGCUCAGCGACUUCUUCUCCCUGUGCUCUGCCCACCUUGGGGAGGCCCCUGGGAACAGGCGAGUCACAGAAACCACAGGAAAUGGAGCGGGUUGGAAGAGGCAGAGAACACGCUUUUCUCAGGGUCGCUUAAUACAGGCAGAUGUACAGGAGAGCAGGAAGGAAAGAGGGAGGGAAGCUGCAAGAACAGGCGAUUUUUUCUUUUUUUAAUCUGAAGUGAGAUCAAACUUCCACCACAUUUGACCUGUGCCCCUCUGGGUGGGUGGUAGCCAUCCUCUUGGGCGCCCCCUUGUGAGGGCUCGAGACCUUUACCGAAUGGGCAGGGUGGGGGCAGCAGCUGUGCCGGCUGCCAACCCAACUCCGGGUGGCCUCCUGGGGCUUGCAGGGAGCCUCUGUUGGAAGGGGGGUGUCUCCUCUUCAUUCCUGCCAUCCUCUAGCCGCCUUCCCGCCUGCACCACAUGGAGGCAGUUGUUUCGCGUGGGGCUCUUGAUGGCACAACCUGAUGUCUGUCACGGACCCCCGAGCAGGAGCAAUGCCUAAAGAGGGCAAAGGAGAGCGCGCCCAGCAGAGCUCCCUCCUCUGCCCCAACAACAGAACCCAGGGCAUCCCUUGGCCCGAGGUACAAGUCCCACAAUAGCCUCUCCCGAUGGGAACGACUUAGCCCUAAUUACGUGAGCUUUAAUCACCGCUCGAUCGUAUGACACGGUUAUUUUUAAGAGUCCAGUCCACGUGGAAACACACCUGGAGCAUUUUAUACUGCAAUGAUUGAUGGACGACUUUGAUGUACAAAAUAAAUAGUGUUACUCAG